AUGAAGCUCUACAUCAAAGAACAAUUGCAGAAGAUUGGAUAUUCUAAAACAACCGACAUGAAACCACCUUCUCAAUCGGUUAAGACAAAGGGUACAAAGAAAUUGAAGCCCACACCGAAUGACAACUCGACUUCACGGUCUCCUUCUUAUUGUGACCAUGUCGAUAAACUUUUUCCCGACUCACAGACUCCUAAAUCUCAAAAAUCUCAAAAAAGGUCAAACAAAGGAGCUCGCAUAAGCAAACUACCUUCGACACCUAUUCCACUAAAAAUUCCAAUCAUCGAAGAGAUGUCUAUUCCACCGAAAACACCAUUCAUAGAAAAGAUGCCGGUUUUUAUGCACACUUACAUCGAGCGGAUCGUAGAUGUUGCGGGGGACGAUAAUUGCGGUUACCGAACCGUCUCGGCAUUGCUUGGUAAUGGAGAGGAUAGCCAUACGCUUGUCCAUCAUCAACUCAUCCAAGAGUUGAAGACACAUAAAGAAGCGUACACGCGGUUAUAUGGAGAGGAAGUAAAUAUUGAAGUAGUUAACGAAGCUCUUAAUCCUUGGAUGGGUGCUUACGCACCAGUGUCUACAUGGAUGAGAUUUCCGGAAAUGGGAUAUCCUAUUGCAUGCGCAUAUGAUAUGGUGUGCAUUGACUUGAUGUGUUAUGAUUUUUCGGAAACCUUUUUCCCACUCCGCACCGCACUGCCUACAAAUUCAAAUGAUCGCAUCAUAUGUAUUGGAUGGCUUUCUAAAGCGAGUCACUUUGUGCAAGUUUACUUGAAACCGCAAUGCCUCAUACCACUUACAUCACCGAAAUGUACGCUUCAUCAUACCGUAUAUGUCGAGACGUGGUCGGAUGUUUUUGUUGAUAGGAUGCUCGAAUUCAAAAGAUUCAACAACAUCGAAAAAGAAUCGAAUAAGGAAAAGUAUAAAUUGAAACCCCUAAUAGAUUUAGCCAGCGACAGUUCGUUUAAUGUAUUUUCUAGUUUGAAAGUGUAA